AAAGAAAGAGGUCAAAAGGAAGAGUGCAAUUGUGCAUGAAUUGGUUGUAGGUGAAAAAAUGACUUAUUUGAGGCCAAGAAGGGUAGCAAAGGCUGCAGAAGUAUUAAAAUCUCCUUACCUGGAAAGAGCUAUAGACCCUAAUGACACAUCAAACCCAAAUGAGAAAGUGAUAUGGAAAUGGGUGAUGCAAGAUGCUCCUUAUAAGAGGGAUGAAUUUGUUUUCAAGUACAAGCAAGUUUCAGUCAAGCGAGGAGACAUGUUUAGCCUCAGGGAGAAAAACCACUUGUCCAUGAACGUGUUAGAUGCCUGGACAUUGUGCUUGAAUACCAAGGAGAAAGUACGCAGUAGCACGACACCGUGCAGAUUGUUUGUGAAAUCUAUGCCUUGUCUUUACAUGAUGGAGAACCAAAUCCCUGAAGACCAAGCAUAUGAAGUGUUUAAGGAAGGAAUACUCCUCGCAUUGGAAACGGUGAAACCGGAUAUUAAAAUGGAAGAUGUAGAUUUGUUUUAUUUUCCAAUUGUGCAGCCGCAGCAUUGUUAUGUUGUGUGUCUAAACAUGAAGACGCGGACUGUAGAAGUUUUGGACAACGUAGUUGAUAAAAUACGCUUUGAUGAAAAAUAUGAGAGACAUGUUUGUGGAUUACUUAUGUGAAGUGGAUCUUGAUAAUGACUCCAAUACAUUUUACACACCGAACCUGAAGAGAUUGACAAUGAACUGGAGAGAGGCAAAAAAUGUGCAUGAUUACGGCGUGUGGAACAUGAGGCAUAUGGAGACCUACAUGGGCUAAGGCGUCAAGGGAUGGGAUUGUGGAGUGAAGAAAGGGGAUGCAAAGAAAUUGAGUGCAUUGCGAGUGAAGUAUUGUGCAACACUCAUCACAUCGGCCGUCAAUGAGAUGAGGGAAAAAAACUUGGAUGAAGUCAAGAGAUUUAGCAAGGGGAAACAUAUUAAGAAGUAGAUGUGAAGUUGGGAUUAAACACUAUUUUGGUUUGAUUGCUUGCACUUUUGUUUUGCGUGAGGCGUUUGUGUUGUUUUGAAAAGGCGUGAUGCCUUAGACAUAUGUUUUUUGUUGGUUAU